AUGAAUGAGGAGGCACUGUUGGCACGGGCUUCCGAGGAGCGGGAGCGUAUCUUUCAAAGAUAUGAAAGGGGGCGAGAAAAUCUUGUUGGGCAAAUAGACCCUUGGGAGGAUCCUGAAUUUGAAGAGUAUCAUAAAACUGAUAGAUAUGGCUUUAUACAUGAUGAGCGUUUGCUGCAGAAAACAGCCCCACAAAAAGUCAACACUGAGGCAAUUAUGAAGUUAAAUGAUAUGGAUUUAAUUGUUAAUUACAUUCAAGUAAAGCUGCACAAAGAUUUUGGUUAUGAAGAUGAUAUUGUUAUUUACCAUUUGGAGCGUUCCAUGGAAGAAUUGAAGCGUGCCAAGCUGGAUUAUCCUGGACAACCCCCACCAAAUGAGCUGCCUAAGCGACCACUCGGCUUGUUUGUGGAGCCUGAUAAAAAGUCUAAAAUUGGCCAGCGUGCUGAAAAUUUUUCCGAUACGGAGAAGCAGGCGCGAGCAACCGUCAUCUUGAGACGGGAAAAGGCCGCAUUGGAAUUGCAAGAGCUGCGAGUGUCACAGAGCGACACAGUUUCAGAGCACAGCGGCGUCGCCAGCGGAGUGCGCUGCGAGGACUCUGUGUCGGCGCUGGGCUCGCGGCGCUCGCUGGCCGACACGAGCGUGACGAGCACGGCCGACCUCAGCGUGUUCUCCAGCGGCCGGUCGCACGCGCCCGACAACUCGCUCGACACGCACAGCAACGUUAGCGACGACGGCACUGGGUCAGAUGGGAGUGGUUUGCGACACUGGCGACGUUUCGAACCAGACACAUACGCGUCACAGACGCAACCUCUGUUACAUAGGUCCGGUAUAUGCGGGAUGAGCAUACAGAGGGCGCCGUCGACCGCGCACUCCACCCCGCGCGCGACGCCCCACCCGCCCUCGGUGUCGCCCAUGUCGGACGACGUGGUCCGCAUCCACGUGACGUACAACCCCCUCGCUGCGAGCCCCUCGCACUUGCACCCCAUCAGCCCCGCGAAGAUGAUGGCGUACGCGGAGGAGCACCCCACCAAGCCCGCCUCGCUCGGGUUCUACACCACCAACGGCGGGCACCGGCCGUCCGACAACAGGAUAAGGAUACAAGUGCCCUCCGAGGACCUACUCACGCCGGUCGUCGACUCCGGACGGAUCAUCGCGCCGCGUUACAUUGAAUCUCAUUCGGAAUUGUACGAUCUUAAA